UUAGUAUCUGUGAUAAUACCAAAGCAGAAGAAGACGCACGGAGCUUCUCGAAAAUGUCUGAAUAUGCGACAGCCCAGAAGAGCGCUCUGAAAUUGAAAGGUAUAGGAACCAUAUCAGCUGGAAAAAAGAAGAAGAAGAAGGAUAAAGAGAGUAAGCAUCGCUUGGAGCAAGUUGUGACCAAUCAGAAUGAUGAGGAGGUGCAAACUAAGAAAGCCUACAUCGACAAAAGGACCCCAGCACAGAUUGCUUUUGACAAAAUGCAAGAAAAAAGGCAAAUGGAGAGGAUUUUGAACAAAGCAUCAAAGACGCACAAGCACAGAGUUGAGGAUUUUAAUCGCCAUCUGGAUAACCUGACAGAACAUUAUGAUAUUCCCAAGGUCAGCUGGACCAAAUAGAAGGAGCCAGUGCUUGGUUUAUUGAACAUUAUGCUUUUUUUUUUUUUUUUUAGAUAGAAUCUUUCAUUUGCUUUGUUUAUAUGUUUAUAUGAGAUGAGUUGGCUUUGCAUUCAUUUGUUUUGUUCUAAGUUGUGAUAUGUACAAUAAAGGAUUUGAGUAAAGACA